AUGACACGUCCACAAACAUCAAAUAUGUUCUCGCUUUUGUCCGUUACAAAUACCAAAGAUCUUGGUAUUAUGCCAAUUAUAACAAAUGCUGCUAAUAAUAUAAUUGAAAAUUUGGUUCUUUUCUUUUUGGCUUUGUUCAUAUCGUUCUGUGGUGGCAGUUCGAGUAAUAAUAAUAUUGCACCGGGAGCUCAUCUCAUCCUCGUACCACAACAUCACAAGUCUCUUUAUUAUAUUUUUAAUAAGAAAACUUCAGAUCAAGACCAAUCGCAGCUCAACAUAAUAACAGAUUAUAAACCAACCCACAAGUCUAAGAAAUCACGAUCUCAUUCUACUCAAUCGUGUCGUCGCCAAAAUUCAACAUCUUCCCAUCCGACGACCAGCUAUUAA